GCUUCGCGCUACUGUUUCCUGGCCGUCUAAACACGUGAAGGUCAACACAGCGCUGGCACACACUGGACAUCGGUCAGAUAUCACCAUUAAGUGAUUUUGGGUAGUGUUUGAUCUUCAUCUCCCUAAUGGAUAGUAAAGGAGUCACGGCAGACCCUCAAAUGCAGCAGUUCAUCGAGAUCGAGUCUCAAAAGCAGAGGUUCCAACAGCUGGUUCAUCAAAUGACUGAAGUGUGCUGGGAGAAGUGCAUGGAUAAACCUGGCCCAAAGCUUGACUCCAGGACAGAGGUUUGUUUUGUAAACUGCGUGGAACGAUUCAUCGACACAAGCCAGUUCAUCCUCAACAGGUUAGAGCAAACCCAGAAGACUAGAACAUCCUUCUCAGAGACCAUGACAGACUACUAGAGCCGUAGUCAGUGUCUGGAUGACAAGGCCACAUCAGUCAGCCAUUAAUUCAGGCUGUGGCAUGUCAGCAUAUAAACUUUGAGGCCAUACUUUCUAUAUUUAAAGGAUGCAAAAACAGUCUACAGCCAGUCUCUACUCAGUACCAUCAGUAUAGACCUUUGCCAGUGAUAAGACUUUUGGAUGAAAUCUAGCACACGUCCUG